AUGACAACCGCACUUCGUGGGAGACCGGCUCACGCCCCAGGACCAACUUACUUCAGCUACACGCCGAAUGGGAAGAAUCUUGUCACGGCAGGUCUCAAUGGAGCAGUCCGAGUAUUCGAACAUGACUCCGACGACGAGCCUGCCAUUAUUGAUGUCUCCUCCGAAAAUCAUCUGGCAGUGGUGGCCACGAAUGACUUUUUCAUCAUUGGAACCGAGGACGGCGAGGUCGUCAAGUACUCUUUAAUCACCAAGAAGCUGGAAAGCAUCUUGAUACGAUGCUCGGGAGCUGUACGCGAUCUCGCCAUCUCUCCUGAUGGGCAAUGGGUUGCAGUGGCAAGCGACGAACUGGAGGUGAAGGUCGUCAACACUGGCGAUACAGAUCGCGUCAUGUAUCUCCGUGAGCAAUUCAGACCUGUCAAGCAUGUCUCCUUUGACCUCAGCGGUGCCACCCUUGCGGCAUCGUGCACCGACGGCAUUAUCUACAUGUACUCCCUCAGCUCAGAACAGCCWCAAUUGAUCAAGCGUGUGGAUGGGAUGAUCGGCAUGCAGGGGAGUGACUCGGAAGCGAGUUCUCUAGCGAUCUGGCACCCCGAUGGAAGAGCGUUCGCUGUGCCAACACCGAGUAGAGAUCUCCAGGUUGUGUCCCGCAACGACUUUUCGCGGCAAAAGGUGUUUCCCGCCAGCCACAAAGCAGACAUUAGUGCAUUGGCAUGGUCUCCAAACGGUGCACUGCUCGUAAGCACAGCGGUGGACCAAAGCUUGACCCUCUGGGACACGAGAAGUCAGAAAGUUCUGAAAACGUACACCGACGUUCGAAGCACCAUUUUGGAUAUCCAGUGGCAUCCAAAGGACAAUGUCUUGUCGUACACCAACAACAACGGCGAACUCUUCAUACGGGAAGACUUUGUACCAGAUGCGCACAGGAAACUCUUGAGAUUGGAAACCCAGCCCGCUCCCCUGACCAACGAUCCGCUCGCCGAAGUCUCCGGCAACGCCCAAAGACCGACCACGAAUGGCCACAAACGUUCAGCCCAAGAUGAUUAUCUGGACGAUCUUUUGGGUCCUGACGCCAUGUCAGAAGGCGGCGAUGGCUUCAUUGAGGACGAUGAUGGAGCUGGAUAUGUAGAGGAGCCAAACCGCUUUGGUAAACGUGCAGCAGAGCCAUUGAGCGGUCCGCAAGCAAAACGAACGACAGCUUUGGGUUCUUGGCAACCGCAAGUACAUGAUUCUUUCCAGUCAGGCAGCACACCGUGGAAGGGCAAUCGACGAUACUUGUGCCUGAACCUCRCGGGGUUCGUCUGGACCGUCAACCAAGAUACUCACCAUACCGUUACCGUCGAGUUCUACGAUCGACAAGAGCACCGAGAUUUCCACUUCACGGACAUUUAUCGAUAUGACAAGGCCUGCCUCAACGAGAAAGGCUCCUUGUUCUCCUGUCGGGCGUCCAGAGAACAGCCCUCGACCAUAUACUAUCGGCCACAUGAAACGUGGACAGCGCGAACAGAAUGGAGAACGCAACUUCCUGCCGGCGAGGAAGUGACUUCGAUGUCGCUGAGCGAUUCCUGUAUUGUCGUCACCACCUCGACAGGUUAUGUGCGCAUCUACAGCCUGUUUGGGUUGGCCAUGAAGGUCCAGCGUCAGAAGAGCACUCCAGCGGUGACGUGCGCAAGCUGGCGCGACUACGUAAUGACUGUAGGCAACGGUCCUGUCGGCGGCGAUGGGGUCACGCGACUCUUGUACACCAUCCAACACGUCAAGCGCGACGAGAUCUGUCAGAAUGAGGACAUUGUCGCACUCGCGGAAGGCACCGAGCUGCGGAGUGUGUUCUUCAGCGAUCGAGGCGACCCUUGCAUCUACGACAGCGAUGGCGUAUUGCUUGUAUUACAGCACUGGCGUACUCCCGGUCAGGCCACAUGGGUUCCACUCCUGGACACGCGGACACUUGACCGUCUUGCAAGCGGCAAGAAGGAGGAGAGUUACUGGCCAGUCGCAGUCGCAGAAGGCCGAUUCCAUUGCAUCAUUCUCAAAGGUGGAGAGCAGUACCCAUACUUUCCCAGGCCAUUGCUCUCAGACUUUGACUUUAAAAUCCCCAUCACCUCCGAUGUUUCCGAGGAUGAUAUUGAUGAAGAGAGCGUGCGCCAGAGAGACUUUGAGGAGCAGUACGUUCGUUUCUCCGUCCAACACUCUCUUCUUCGCGACCUUGUGGAGUCCACCAACGCGACGACCUCGCAAAGGGCGGAAGUCUCUGCGAUGGAGCGCGAGGUCGACAAAGUUCUACUACAGCUUGUGGCAGGAGAGUGCAGACAGGGGGAAGAGCGCGGGAUGAAAGCGCUGGAGAUUGCAACGCUUAUGCGAGACAGAACUGGCAAGAUGUUGGAAGCUGCCGGCAAAAUCGCAUCGCGCUUUCAGCAUGACAUUUUGGGCGAGAAAAUCAACGAGCUUGCUGAAAGACGACUGGUAGGGUUGGUGGAUGACGAUGAUGUAUAG